AUGAGUAGCUUGGUUGAGAGGCUAAGAGCCCGAUCUGAGCGGAGGCCAAUAUAUAACUUAGACGAGUCAGACGAUGAAGCUGAUUUUGUGGCGAGAAAAGGUGGUAAACCGCAGGAAGAAAUCGAGAGGAUAGUCCGACCUGAUACGAAAGAUGAUCAAUGUCAAGCAUGUGGAGAAAGUGGGGAGCUCGUGAACUGCGAAACCUGCAGUUAUGCUUACCAUGCUAGGUGUCUUCUUCCACCUCUUAAAGCUCCUCCUUCCAGCAGUUGGAGGUGUCCUGAAUGUGUCAGUCCUCUGAAUGAUAUUGAGAAGAUAUUGGACAGCGAAAUGCGUCCUACUGCAGCUGACGGUGAUGAUGCGUCUAAGCUCGGGUCUAACCAAAUAUUUGUUAAGCAGUAUUUGGUUAAAUGGAAGGGAUUGUCAUAUCUUCACUGCACUUGGAUCCCUGAGAAAGAGUUUGUGAAGGCAUUCAAGUCAAAUCCUCGUCUUAGGACCAAAGUAAACAACUUCCAUCGACAGACGACGUCAUCCAAUUCUGAGGAUGAAUCUGCAAUCAGGCCAGAGUGGACUACAGUUGAUCGCAUUCUUGCUUGCAGGGGCGAGGAUGAUGAAAAGGAAUAUCUAGUGAAGUAUAAAGAACUUCCUUAUGAUGAAUGUUACUGGGAAUUUGAAUCAGAUAUAUCUGCAUUUCAGCCAGAAAUAGAGAAGUUCAAUACAAUUCAGUCUAGGCCAAAUCGGCUGGCUAGGCAAAAGAGUUUCCGUGAUGCUACUGAUGCGAAGAAGAAAUUGAAAGAAUUUCAUCAGUAUGAACAAAGCCCUGAAUUUCUUGCAGGAGGAGGCUCCUUGCAUCCAUAUCAACUUGAAGGUUUAAAUUUCCUGCGGUUUUCUUUUUCCAAGCAGACGCAUGUCAUUCUUGCUGACGAGAUGGGUCUAGGGAAAACUAUACAAAGUAUUGCUUUUCUUGCAUCUCUUUUCGAAGAGAAUGUGUACCCCCAUUUAGUGGUUGCUCCGCUUUCCACAUUGAGAAACUGGGAACGUGAAUUUGCAACAUGGGCACCUCAAAUGAAUGUCGUUAUGUAUGUUGGUUCUGGUCAAGCUCGUGGUGUUAUUAGGGAAUAUGAAUUUUACUACCCUAAGAAUCCCAAGAAGAUCAAGAAAAAGAAAUCUGGUCAAUUUGUUAAAGAAAGCAAGCAAGAUAGGAUAAAAUUCGACGUGCUCUUGACUUCCUAUGAGAUGAUUAACUUGGAUACAGCAUCGUUAAGGCCCAUUAGAUGGGAGUGCAUGAUCGUUGAUGAAGGUCAUCGCCUAAAAAACAAGGAUUCAAAACUCUUUCUUUCAUUGAAGCAAUAUUCUAGUAAUCACCGCACGCUGUUGACGGGAACCCCUCUCCAGAACAAUCUGGAUGAGCUCUUCAUGCUCAUGCACUUCCUCGAUGCUGGAAAAUUUGCAAGUUUGGAGGAGUUCCAAGAAGAGUUCAAGGAUAUAAAUCAGGAGGAACAGAUUUCUCGACUUCAUAAAAUGUUGGCUCCUCACCUCCUAAGAAGAGUGAAGAAGGAUGUGAUGACUGAGUUACCUCCUAAAAAGGAACUCAUUCUUCGGGUUGAGCUCAGCAGCAUGCAAAAGGAAUAUUACAAGGCAAUUCUAACUCGUAAUUACCAAAUUCUAACUCGGCGUGGUGGUCCACAGAUUUCACUUAUCAAUGUGGUUAUGGAACUGCGGAAGCUCUGCUGCCAUCCUUAUAUGUUGGAAGGAGUCGAACCGGCAAUAGAAGAUCCCGAUGAAUCUUUCAGGCAAUUUCUGGAUUCAUCUGGAAAGUUGCAAUUGCUUGACAAAAUGAUGGUGAAGCUGAAAGAGCAAGGGCAUAGAGUUCUGAUUUAUUCUCAGUUUCAGCACAUGCUGGACUUACUUGAGGAUUACUGUCUCCAUAAGAAAUGGCUAUAUGAACGAAUUGACGGGAAAGUUGGUGGAGCUGAGAGGCAGAUUCGCAUAGAUCGGUUUAAUGCAAAAAAUUCUUCAAGAUUCUGUUUCCUUCUCUCUACUAGAGCUGGAGGACUGGGAAUAAACCUUGCAACAGCUGAUACAGUUAUCAUAUAUGACAGUGAUUGGAAUCCACAUGCUGACCUCCAAGCAAUGGCUAGAGCUCAUCGACUUGGCCAAACCAACAAGGUGAUGAUUUAUAGACUCAUAACACGUGGAAGUAUUGAGGAGCGCAUGAUGCAACUGACUAAGAAGAAAAUGGUUUUAGAGCAUCUUGUUGUUGGGAGGUUGAAGGCUCAAAAUAUUAAUCAGGAAGAGUUGGAUGACAUUAUCAGGUAUGGCUCAAAAGAGCUAUUUGCUGACGAGAAUGAUGAAGUGGGAAAGUCGCGUCAAAUCCAUUAUGAUGAGGCUGCUAUCAACCGAUUAUUGGACCGUGAACAUAUUGGAGAGGAAGAGGCAACAUUGGAUGAUGAAGAGGAAGAUGGAUUUCUGAAGGCAUUCAAGGUUGCAAACUUUGAGUAUAUUGAAGAAGCAGAGGAAGAAGCUCCAAAGCCCGCACCAGAGACAAUGAGCAAUUCUGAGAGAUUGAAUUUCUGGGAAGAGCUGUUAAGAGGCAAAGUCGAAGAGCAAAAGGUGGAGGAGUCUAACACUCUUGGAAAAGGGAAAAGAAGCCGCAAACAGGUUGCGUCUAUUGAAGACGAUGACCUUGCUGGUAUGGAAGAUUUAAGCUCUGAUGGGGAGGACGAUAACUAUGAAGCAGACUUAACAGAUGGAGAAAAUUCGUCAGGAACUCAAUCUGGGAAAAGGCCUUACAGAAAGAGAGCUCGUGAUAAUUCUGAACCUAUUCCUUUGAUGGAAGGAGCAGGAAGGUCUUUCAAAGUUCUGGGUUUCAAUCAAAAUCACAGGGCUCUGUUUGUCCAAAUAAUGAUGAGGUUUGGAUUUGGGGAUGAAAACUGGACACAGUUUGUAUCUCGCAUGAAACAGAAGACUUUGGAAGAAAUUCACAACUACGGAAAGAUGUUUUUGAAACAUUUGAUUGAAGAAAUCAACGACUUACCAUACUUCUCAGAUGGUGUUCCCAAAGAAGGACUUAGAAUUGCAGACGUGCUGGUUAGAAUUGCAACGUUGAAUAUAGUUAGGGAAAAGGUGAGACUCGUAUCAGAGAAUCCGAACAUGCCUCUUUUCGACGAGGAAGUUUAUCCGCGUUUGCCUGGGCUGAAGGGCGGAAAAUUUUGGACUGAAGCACAUGAUAAAGUUCUACUAAAGGCAGUAAUCAAGCAAGGGUAUGGACGAUGGCAAGCUAUCCUUGAUGACAAGGACUUAAAGAUACAAGAAGUUGUAUCCCAAGAGCUGAAUCUUCCUGCUAUAAACCUACCAACCCCUGGACAAAUGGCUGCUCAUGCACAAAAUGGUGCUAGCUCUGGAACUGCUGAAGGUGCAGCCACCCAGCAGGCCUCAGUAAAUGUUUCUGUGAAUGAUCUUGGUACUAAUAUGGCCCAGGGAACAAAUCAAGGGCAGUCAUACCAAGAAUCAAUACUAUACCAGCUUAGAGAUAUGCAGAGAAGAAUGGUUGAGUUUGUUAAGAAAAGGGUGCUUCUUCUUGAGAAAGCGAUGCACGCUGAGUGUCAGAAAGAAUACUUCGCUACUCUUGAUGCCAAGCCAGACGUGAAAGGGCCUAGUAGUGGAAGUAGGGGCACAAAUGGUUCAGCUUUAGGUUCAGUAGGUAUUGUAGUAAACAACCAACUGCCUCAAAUGGAAGAAAUAACACCAGAAGAUGUUCGCGCUGCUGGAUGUGUUGAUGAUCCAGAUCGAUUGGAAAUGGUUGACCUAUACAACAAGAUGUGCAAGACGGUUGACAAUGUAGUUGCUCCCGAAGUACCCGAGACAUCAUCAAGAAGCCGAACAGCUAAUUUUGAUUCGAAGCCGAACCUUCAGCCGCUGGAGACCAUCUGUGAACAGAUGACUCAUGUCCUCUCAAACCCACAGCAGAAGAAUGCAAUUGCUUCUGACCAACCAAUGCCAGACGCCGAGCCAAAACUACCAGAGCUGCCUCCAGGUUUCGACAGGACGGAGGUUGAAUUGCAGAAUCAAAUCAGCUCACUGUUUGGUCCUACGCCAGAGACGCCCGAUGUGGAAAUGGGAGAACCAUGGAGGAGCGAUGCUAACCCGGGAAUAGCGAGCAGCAGCAAAGCAAAUGCUGCUGAGAAUCAAUCAUCUGGUAGUGCGUUCGUCGCCUCGGACGAUUGA